AUAUCCCGUUUCAAGUUCCAAUUGUAGUGUUAGUGACCAUGCCAGUGUGGGGUCUAUACAGUUACGUCAGCAAGUUUUAUAUACCUAGUGUAACAUGUAUGCAUGAUAUAGAGUUGUAAUAUACGAUAGCCAGUCGGCUUCCAACUACUGGUCGUUUCACUUGUCUCCCUGCACUCACAAGCACACCCACACACUACAGUGGUGACCCCGACGUGAUUCAGCGCAAAGGCUCGAGUGCACAACUAGUGACAAUAUCGCAUUACCGACUCUGCGAGUAAAUAACAACCAGAAAAAUGAAUCCGCAAUUUGUGCAACCGCAACACCUGCAACCGGACGUAAAAACAGAAGAGCCAACAGCUAUAAUCUCUUCAUUAUCGGUAGCCAGCAAGAUUCCCGAAUUUUGGCCGGAAAACCCGAGAUUAUGGUUUAUACAAGUAGAAGCCAUUUUGACGCCCCAGAAGACUUCGGACGCCAACAAAUAUUUUAUGGUCGUGGCCAAGCUAAGCAAAGACGUAAUCCAACAGGUAGCGGACAUAGUCGCCAAACCUCCCGAAACAAAUAAAUUCGAAGCUCUGAAGAACCGUCUUCUCCAAAUAUAUGAAGAAUCCGAAACGAGACAAAUACAGAAGUUAAUAUCAGAGGUGGAAUUGGGUGACCAGAAGCCUAGCCAGUUACUAAGAAGGAUGAAGGAGUUAGCGAGAGGAAAGAUAGAAGACGACACACUCAAGAUACUAUGGCAAGGACACCUACCUACAGCGGUUCGAUCAGUACUUACCGUAACUUCAGCCAAGGACCUGGAAGAAUUAUCUGCAAUAGCUGACAAGGUUAUGGAGACAAAUCAGCCUACCACACAGAUCAGCGAAGUAGCUCGCAGUCGUGCAGAUCAACCGACAAACCUGGAAAUAGCAACGAUUAUGGCCGAGAUUGCGAAGAUCAAUCUAAAAAUACAAGAGAUGGACAGAGGAAGGAGCAGGUACAGAAGCAGGAGUGGCUACAGGAAUUGUUCACGUUCGCAGUCUCGAUCAAGACCCAGAAGGACACCUGAGAGUCCAGACUGGUUGUGUUCGUACCACCACCGAUACCGGAAACGUGCUCGAAAAUGCGUCCCUCCAUGCAACUGGAAGACAGCGUCACCAUCCCCUACUACGGGAAACUGAUGGAAGUGCAGCCAGUGACGGGAGGUUGUGCGGUGAAAGACAACCGUCUAGUAGUAAGUGACAAAAUUUCUAAUCUUAAAUUUUUGAUAGACACCGGUGCCUGUAUUUCUGUAUUACCUAAAUUUUUCAUUAGAGAUAAAGGACAGCUAGUAAAUAACUCUAAUUAUAAACUUUAUGCAGAGAGUACUGAGAUUUAUUCUUUCGUUAUUCUCGAGAUUCUGGUGUCAAUCUACUGACCCUGCCAUCGAAUACGACCGUGGAGCUCAUCCCAUCAACACAAGACUCAAUUUUGUCUAUCCCAUAAUGGCAUCAAGCUCCUUGGAUACCCUCGACUUGACUGAGAUUGGACUAACCCGAGAAGUCCUAACCGGAGUCAGUGACUAUAUGACAGGGCAGAAGCCAAUUCCCGGUUUCAACUAUCCGGAGGCCUGUCCCCCGAUCUCCGAUGAGCUAACCAAACUCCUAGGGUCACUAAAAAACUAUUGGACCCAGUUGGAGGAUCCCUUGGAUGAAAGAAUUCUCACCACUCUAAAGGCCAUUAGUGCCCUAAGUAAUGAUACCAGGGGAGAUCUCAGUGGGAAGUACAAACAUCUGAUUAGGAUCAGUGGGGACGACAUGCCUCAGCUGUUGGAUGAACUUAUAGAGGUAUGUCUUUUAGGCUCCAAAACCCUGAUCGCCACCUUAAAAGUGGCAAUAACUGCGUAUACGGCAGCCCUGGCAAGGAAUGCUAAAUCCACCAUCUCUGAUAUAGCAACUGCAUCCGCAGAUCUGAUGGUGAUUACACAAAUGAUUCAGUCACAACAAGAGUCCUUUCAGACCUCUCUGGAACACCUCUCCCACUCAUGGAACAAUGUUGCUGGCAGCAUGACUGCCUACACUGCGGAGUUGGACAAGAAAACCCUUAGAUUAACACAACUCACGCCCAAUGUUAGACCUGAUCAUCAUAGAGCCCCCUCCACCACCUCAAGCCAUACUCCUGAUGCAUCUGUUGGACUCAGGAUCAAUAUAACCCCGGGUUGUGCCUACAAAUCCCAAUUUGGGGUCCUGACAUGUUGCCCUAAUGGAAAUAUCGGGUUCUUAGCAACCAAUGCUGAGGGUACGGUGAUUGCCAAAUUGGUUGAGGUGAUCAAAAAGCCUGCCCCUCUUGGGAAGGUCCUAAACAAGAACUUACAGGAAUUAAUCAAUUAUGUCAAGGCCAACCCAAAGAUUCUUACAACCUAUUCUGCAUUACCACCUCAGGAUAGAAUUACCCUCAUAAAUGAAAUUAACAUUUGUGUUCCAGACCUUACUAAUCAGUGGGUGAAGGCUUAACCAUGGGAGACCUCCUCAUAAUACUUAUGUGUAACAAUAAUUGAAUUGUGAAAAAGUAUCAUCCUGUAGCUAUGUAAUGUAACACCUCUUGUAAGCGAGUGUAAAUAGAUAGUACAACAGUUGAUUAUUGUAAACAAGUGUAGUAUUUUAAACAACCGUAUUUGAAUUGUAAUUAAAAGUUGCGAAUAAAAAUAAAAAAAGGGGGAAUACUGUGGGGUCUAUACAGUUACGUCAGCAAGUUUUAUAUACCUAGUGUAACAUGUAUGCAUGAUAUAGAGUUGUAAUAUACGAUAGCCAGUCGGCUUCCAAC